AAACAAUUGGUUUUUGGAAUGUUUCGAAUCCACUGCAACAAAUGCUUUCGACGCCGCAACGUCGAGCCAACGUUGAUCUUCCACAUGACCCAGUGCCAACACGUCCUCUGCGCCUCCUGUCUGAGCGAAUCCUCGACAGAUAAGAAGUGCCCACUGUGCAAACGGGAUCUGCGAGCGAUUCCGAUCGACAAAAACUUGCCUCCAAACGUGGCCCAAUACUUUGAGGAUCCGCUUCGAUUCCAGCAGCUCUACCGCAAGAUCAGCAAGUUCCAGGCCGACCAGCGGGCAUCGGACAACCUGGGAUUCUAUCGCCAGAUGCAGGAGCACGAGAAGAACGAGAGCCGCUUAAAGGGCUUCUGCAAGAUGGAGGCGCAGUUCAACCAGCAGAUCCAAAAGGAGAAGGAACGGAUCGCCGAACUUCGCGCCUACAUAAAGUACCACGAAGAGGAGGGUCUCAAGGAGUGGCCACACGCCACGGGGGUUGAGAAGCCCUGGAGCAACCAGGCACGUGGCCUGCGGCCCAGGACACCCUCUGUGACCACAUCGGAUAAUACCCAGUCGGAUGAGCACAUGACAACCUUCUGCCUGGACUCGGACAUAGAUUGCCUUGAAGAAGACGAACCCCGCCGAUACGUCAAGAAAACCUUUAACGGAAACAUCAAAGAUUUUCACAUAUAAUCACUUCUUUCCACAAGUUUUCCUUAACUACAACUAGAUUAUUAAGAUCAUUACAGUGUAAGUAAUAUUAAAAUUGGUGCCAGGAGAACUUUAAGCAGAGAUCGAUGAUACCAUAACAUAAAUUUAAAUCCAGUAUCAGC